AUGCCAGACUCUGCAACCCAGGAGAUCAUCCUCGGGUCCUUCGCCGGCUCUUUGGGGAAGCUCAUCGAAUACCCGUUUGAUACCAUUAAAGUCAAAUUGCAAUCUAAGCAAUACUCCAAUACGCUAUUAUGCUUCAAACUUACAUGGAAACUGGAGGGCCUCAUCGGUUUCUACCGAGGCUUAACGCCGCCAUUGUUGGGAGCUUCGUUGGAGAAUGCAUGUUUGUUCUACGUAUACAAUGCUGUGCAAGACGCGUUGAAAAAACAUAUAUAUGUCAUGAAUCCUUCCGUUGAUUUUCAGGACCAGGAACAGUAUGAGGUCCCCCUCCUGGGAAAAAUGGUCGCUGGUGCCACAUCAGGCGUGUGUGCCUCUUUCAUUUUAACGCCUGUGGAAUUGAUCAAAUGCAAUAUGCAAGUAUUGGUUUCCCUGCUGACCGCGGCUUCCCAGUACAAACCUAAUAUUUUCAAGGUGAUCAAGGAUGUGUAUAGGCGCGAGGGUAUCGCUGGCUAUUGGAGGGGACAGUUCCCCACCCUUUUAAGAGAAAUGGGGGGAACUGCGAUCUGGUUCGGAUCAUAUGAGAUGGUGUCCGGAAGCUUUCGGAGGUAUCGUAGCCAACAAGUAGAGAGAACUUCUUCUUCUACGCCUGUCUUCGAUUUGCUUGUCAGUGGGGCAUCCGCUGGUGUGGGUUACAACGUAUGUUUAUACCCGGUUGACACGAUCAAGUCUAACAUGCAAAUCAAUAAGGGUGACAAGGGCAAUGCGACCAUGAAAGGUACAAUUAGACAAAUUUACCAAGAGUCUGGGGUUCGAGGUUUCUACAGAGGUUUGGGUAUCACCGUCGUUAGGUGCAUACCAGCCAAUGCGGUGAUCUUCUUCACAUACAAUAAGUGCAAGGAAGCGUGGUUUGGCCGUUCAUGA